CCGAAAGUCGUGCAUUUACCAAAAUGAGCGCUCCCAUUGAUGACCUCUUAUACGACGACGACGAUGACGACGACAUCUCCAUGGAAGAUACAGGUAUGGCGGCAGGCGGGCUUGCGCAACAGCCCGUGGCCAUGGGGAUGCUGGCGCCUCCGAGCGCGGUCCUGGCCCCGCAGCAGAUGCUAGUGCAGCCGCCUGUAGGGGUAAUAGCUCCGCCUCACUCGGCCAUGGCUACUCCAAUUGCAUACACGCCAUCUCCCACCGGCCCACCGCCCGCAACGACGCCCGAAGAGAAGAUUAAGAAUCUGUUUCAGCUGAUUCACAAACGCUUUCCUGACAAGUACAAACCAUUGCACGACGAAGUGCGCAAUCGGCCAAUGGUCGUCAAGAACGACUUGAACGUUGUGUUGGACCUGGUGAAGCGUGCAUUGGGCGAUACCAUCUUUGGCAUCUUGUGUCAAGAAGUCGGCGGGUUUUAUACUCCAGCGACCAUGUCACGGACCUUUCCCACGCAGCCGACCAUGAAGGCGGAACCUGUGGCGACGAUUCCGUUUUCGCAGUCGACAGCCGUGUCAUACCAAGCUGCCCCGGCGCCAAGCCGACCGAUGGCCCCGCCUCAGCGCGCGCCCACUCCAGUCGUGGCGGCGCCGGCCAAUACUCCAGAGGCGAAUGGCAAGAUUCGAUUUGCCCGCCAACUGUUGGCGCACUCGGCCACGUGUACUUCAAACUCUGGGGAAUGCAAGGCGUUUGCCAAAUGCGAAGACAUCAAGCGAUUCUUCAAACACACGGUCACAUGCACCGCCGGACGCGAAUGCAACCACUGCGAGCAGUUGCGCACCCUCGUAAAACUCCACGCGACCGACUGCGCUGUGGGGCCCCGGGACCGAUGUCCCAUCCCUUUUUGCGACAACAUGCGACUGAACGCCACGCCGCAGCGGCAAGUUCCUGUCAAGGAGCAGCAACCGACGUCGCCGCCUCGGGCCUUGCAUGAUGACCACGGGGAGUCCAUGAAGAAACAACCAGCCGCUGCGCAACCCCCGGUACCAUCCCAACAGCCGGUGUCUGUAUCGCACUCGACGACAACCUCCCAACCCCAGCAGCAGCAGCAGCCACACAUGGCGACCAACUAUGGCCACAUCUUGCAAAUGAUCCUCCAUUGCCAACAGUGCACGUUGUCGUCGGGAUGUGGGGUGCCUGGAUGUGCCGACUCGAAAGAUGUGAUGCGGGAGACGCAGAACCCCGGCACGACCAUGAUCAAGGCCAAAACAUUCCUGCAGGUGAUGGGCCACUUCAAGCAGUGCGCUAACAAGGCCAUUUGCCCCGUGUGCAGCGUCGGCAUGCAGCCAGUGCCGUUCGCGGCGGCUCCGCAGCCGUCCACGACCACCCCUGCUUCGACGCCCGCGGCGUCGCCGUCGCCAUCAGGCUUGACGAAGCGGCCGAGCACGGCGACGUCUCCGCGGUCUCCUCGUGAAGGCGGUCCCGCCAAGAAGGCCAAAGCGUCGCCGGCCACCGCCACGCCGACGUCGGCCGCCAAGAAAGCGACGGCGAUGUCGUUCCAGCAGCAAACCCACCCCGGGGCGAUUGAGACGUACGACUUGACGGAAGAGUUGGCGCCGACGAAUGCAAACGACUUGCGCCUCGAAGCGGAUGUCCUCACACACACGAGCAUCGACCCCCAGGCGGAGAAGCGCAUCAUGCUGGCGGGGGUGCCGCCAAGGGCCAAGCAGUUGGCGCCCAAGAAAGAAACGUGGAGUGAACUGUUCCAACACCAUGGACUGCAGCAAACCAUGGCCAAGGCUUUGGUGGCCGGCGGGUUGCAAGCCCAAGUUGGGGACGACGUGAUCGAGGUGAUGGGGCUCGCGCUGCACGAGUACCUCAAGCAAGUCCUCGAGGAGAUGGUCGAGGUGGCCAAGCAGCGCAACGACGUGUACGCAAACAGCAUUCCACGGAAGCAGCCGCCGCCGCCGUCCAACCAGCCGACGAAGACGGCCGUGGAAAUCCUACGAUUAAGCUCGGACGAGCACUUUAAUAGGCAGAUGCAGACUGACCAAGCGCUGCGCUCCGACCUGUUGGAGGAAGGACGCAAGGACGAGUCGGCGGACAAGGACAAGAACAAGCGGCGGAAAGGCAAAGCGAACCCGAAGGCAGCACCAUCCUCCUCGUCUGCAUCGAAGAAGGACCUGAUCGAUAAGGACGAAGAAGACAUGGACAUCGACGAAUUAGCGCGCAAAGACCUGAAGCUCAAGUUGUUGCAGGAAGGAUCGGUGAUGUUGGAAGGGCGUGUGAACACAUCGAUUGCCCCGAAUGCACGUCGCAAUAAGCAUGAGGUUCAAGUCACGAUGGAAGACGCUGAGUACUGGCUGCGCAGCCAGAAGCCGUACGUGGACGCCAAGUUGUUCUGCCGCGCCGCGGCGGCGCGCAUUCACGCGAAAAAUUUGUAAUGGUAUAAAGUUUCAAAGGGGAAUAAAUUAAAAAACGAAAUAUCUUGGG